GGCGCAGGCGCAACCGCGGCGUGACUAAGAUGGAGGCCGGGGCAGCGCUGCCGCCGUUCUGGGCCGGGGGCCCGGCCCCGGGGCAAACGUACAUCCCCCGGGCCCUGGGACACACCGGCACCGCCCCCCGGGGCUCCUGGGGCAUCGGCAUCGCGCCCGCCGCGCUGCCCGCCGGCCGCACCCUGAGCCCGAUGGUGACCGGCACGUCGGUGCUGGGGCUGAAGUUCUCCGGGGGGGUGAUGCUGGCCGCAGACACGGUGGGAUCCUACGGAUCCCUGGCGCGAUUCCGGGGAAUCUCCCGGCUCCUCAAGGUCAACGACUCCACCGUGCUCGGAGCCUCCGGCGACCUGGCGGAUUUCCAGCACCUGCGGCAGCUCCUGGAGCAGAUGGUGAUCGACGAGGAGCUGCUGGGGGACGGGCACAGCUACAGCCCGCGGGCGCUGCACUCGUGGCUGACGCGGGUCCUGUACAACCGGCGCUCCAAGAUCAAUCCCCUCUGGAAUACCGUGCUCAUCGCCGGUGUCUACGGCGGGGAGAGUUUCCUGGGUUAUGUGGACAUGCUGGGCGUGGCCUACGAGGCGCCGUCGCUGGCCACAGGAUUCGGGGCUUACCUGGCCCAGCCACUGCUGCGGGCGGAGCUGGAGCGGGAUCAGGAUCGGCUCCCAACGCGGGAGGAGGCGCGGGAACUGCUGGAGCGCUGCCUGAGGGUGCUCUACUACAGGGAUGCUCGGUCAUUUAAUAGGUAUGAGGUCGCCACGGUGACGGAGAAGGGUGUGGAGCUGGAGGGACCCCUGACCCUGGAGGCCAACUGGGACAUCGCCCACGCGGUCAGAGGUUUUGAGUGAUCUCCAGGAGCUGCUUUGGCCUCAGCCCAUUUUUAUUCCCAUCCCUUCUUCCCCUCUGGAAUGGCAAAUCUGGUGUUUUUUGGGAAUAAAAUCCAUUGUUUAAGACCA